AUGACAGGGAACUGCGGAGCUUUUCAUACUCCCAAGAAGCUGAAAGACGUUGGACCUGGUCAUCUCAUCAAGAAGCAGGAAGUGGUUAAGGAUCUUCCACAAAACUCUUGUGAACAGAACAAGAAGCCAGGCUGGGAAAAGGUGCAGUCCAGAAAGGACAAGAAGAAGGAGCGUAAGAAACUGCCCCCAGAAAAACCUCUGGUGCCUUCACCGAAGCCGAACCAGAAGCCAAGAAGAACAGCAACGAGACCGGAGGCACUUAUUAUUCGUCCAGCGAACAAAGAUAAGUAUUCUGAAAUACUUACACGGAUCAAGGCGGACGUUCGCCCAGAUCAGCUUGUUACAGAAAAUAGUUGCGAAACACCACGUGAAGAAAUCGGUGUUUGCAUUCCGGUAGUAAAGUGUCCGUCGAUAGUGAAUAUUCUCAAAGGUAGAAAACCGUUGUCGGAUGCUACUUUGAGAUUUCUUCGUCAAUCACAAUGUGGACUAGAAGGAGAAAUGCCGUUUGUAUGCUGUACAGAUUCCGUUAAAAAAGAUAACUUGACAAUAGAAGCGUCAGAAUUAGUUCCAAAUCCACCAGAUGUGUCUAAUCAUCCUAAUUUGAGGUUACUUGACCACGAACUCUGUGGUCCGGUGAAUGAAGCUAAAGUAUACAGAGGUGAAAUUGCAGGUGUAUUUGAUCACCCAUGGAUGGCGCUGCUAAUUUAUCUUCACCAGGGAAAGAAGAAAUUUGGGUGCGGUGGGACAGUUAUCAACAAAAGGUAUAUUUUGACAGCAGCUCAUUGUAUCAAGGAUUUACCGUCAGGUCGAACUCUAAUCGGAGUACGAGUCGGAGAGCAUGACUGGAGUACGAAACGUGACUGUGACGUCGAUAAAGAUGGCCUGGAAAUCAUGUGUUCCGACGAUUCAUAUCAAGAUUUUCUUGUGCAGAGCACAAAAUUCCACCCUGACUUCAAGCUAUCAACGCUGCGGAAUGACGUAGGACUGAUACGUCUGCACAAAAAUAUAGACUUUCUGCCAAUAAAUACCAAGCCUAUUUGUUUGCCAAUUGAACAAAAUCAAAAGAUGGAUUACAAAUCUUUAACAGUGACCGGCUGGGGCGCCACUGAGUUUGAUAUUCUUAGUAAGAAACUUUUAAGGGUUGACGUACAGCCUCUUCCUAUUAAAAAAUGUACCGAAGCCUUAGGACCCAGUAGUACUAUUAUUUGGUACAAAGAGAUAUGCGCUAUCGGUAUAAGCCGCGGAGAUUCAGCUUCUGGCGACAGUGGUGGUCCGCUUUUAUCAACAGGUCGAUAUUAUAAUGAUGCACGAGUUAUUCAGCAUGGCAUUAUUAGUUAUGGAAUGAAUAACUAUGGAAUUUAUACAAGUGUAUCGUAUUAUUUAGACUGGAUACUGGAUAAUUUAGAUAAAUAAUUAAA